AUGACGCAACACCUCAAGCUGCAUUACAUGAGGCCAGUCUUCACCCUCGAAGGCAGACGGUUUGUUUCAGAAGGCCAGGAAGAAAUGCUGAGAGAAGAAAUGGAGAAGGAGAGAGGAAGACGAAACGAGGAAGAAUGUUACAUCAAGGGAAGUCCAGAAUGUCUGGUUUCCCAUCAUUCAGAAUCUCAAUUUUCGAGUUUCUCAGCUCUUAUGGGCGAGGAUGGGAGGAGAGUGGCGGACAGCCCCCCCCGCAUGUUCAAAGUCGUUCUCAUUGGCGACUCCGGAGUGGGGAAAACCUCCUAUAUACACAGGGCGUGCACGGGAGAGUUCAGAGGAGACUUUGGGUGCACUGUGGGCGUGGAUUACCGUGUCCUGGAAGUGUUGGUGGGCGGUGUGAGGGCAGUCUUGCAGCUCUGGGACACGGCCGGUCAGGAGCGCUUUCGGUCUAUCACUCGGCAGUAUUACAGGAAAGCUGACGGCGUUGUGGUGAUGUAUGACGUCACGAAUGAACAAUCUUUUCUUAGUGUCAACGACUGGCUUACGUCAGUGAAGGAAACAGCGGGAGCGGACGUGAGCGUGGCCGUGCUGGGCAACAAGUGCGACCUGGCAGGUGCUCGGCGAGUUCCGAAAGAUAUCGCGUACAAGAUGAUUAAGAGCCACAACUGCCUGAUGUACGAAGUAAGUGCAGCCUCGGGCAAUGGAGUCCAAGAGUCUAUCAAGCACCUGGCUGCUCUCUUGGCCACUCAGCAGGAACACGACCUGGUCACCAGCACGGCUCUCGACCUCCACAGCGAGGAAAAGAAGAAGAAAUUCUGUUGUCGGGAAUGA